UCUUCUUCACUGUCAACCGACAACAGCGGCGGAUCCCCCCCCCCCCAUCACCUCCCGUCGGGGUUUUUCGCUCUCCUGGACGCGCACGCACUUGUCGAGCGCUACUCCGAGACCCACUCGGCUCCAGCCGGAUUUUACCUUCCAGUGUUUGGGCUCAGGCCGCGUCGAGAGGCUGCUUAGGUGUGAGCGGGGUCUGUCUCACCAGGUCGCCGACACCGGUGGUGACAGGGUCUUGCGUGGGGACGACUGGAAGUCAGGGAAGCGUACUGGGCUUCCUGAACGUUGUGAAUUGCCGGGGAGAGCCGUGGUGAUGGGAUCAGCAUUUCAGGGAACAUCAUAAAGAAAGACAGACAGGACAACAUAUUUCACACGGUGGCAGAUUCCUCACUGGCAGUGCCGGUGUCGUGUGCGACCUUGUUUCCCAUGGACCUCAGGGUGGGAGAGCGGGGGAUGCGCCCUGGUUCGGACACGGCGCUCCUCACCCCACUGCAUCCGCCUUUACUCCUCACCCAGUUCUCCUCUCAGCCCUGCACCUCCUUCUCCCAACAGCAACUGCACCAACAAAUCAGGUUUAACGUGGAGCAGAGGAGACGAGAGCAGGAGCACCAUGAGAAACAACAGGAGUUGCAGCAGCUAAAACACAAAGACAAGAGUCAACAAAGUGCAGUAGCCAGUUCCUUGGUAAAACAGAAACUCCAGGAGGUGAUUCUUAAGAAGCGGAAACAGGCGGCGCAGGAAAGAACCAACCCCAGCACUCUGACUGCAGCUCCUGUAGCGUACAGAAAGCUGGGCCCAGACCCAAGUGUAUCCUCCCAGCCUCUGGUCUCAUCUCCGUCACAGCCUUCCCCUGAGGGUUCCGAGGGGACGCCGCUGCGCAGAGCAGCAUCUGAGCCCAAUCUGAAAGUGAAACACAAGCUGAAAAAACACCUGAACACCCGCAAGAGCCCGCUCACCCGUAAAGAGAGUGCCCCGCCCACUGUCAAGCACAGAGUACCUGACGCACUGGACUCGUCCCCCAGCAGCAGUAGCACUCCAGUCUCUGGCUGUAGUUCUCCAAAUGACAGUCUGCCCAAUGAGAAUGGGCUACUGCCAUCUGCAGGCGGCCUCUCACAUGAGGCCCAGAGGCUGCUGCUCAGAGAUGGCACUCUUGCUAACUUCACCAUCCAGAGUCCCUCCACUCUCCCCACCAUCACGCUGGGACUACCAGCCAACGCCAGGGUAAACACUGAACUGCAACAGAUGUCUGUCACCACAACUCACUUAUUCCAUCUCUCUUCCCUAAAACAAGCUGAAGGAGAGCUGUCCUCUCUGAAGGUUGGCCGGGUGCCCGUGGUUACAGCCGGGGGUUCGCCGGUCUUCCUCCCCCUAAGCAGAGAGGAUCAGGCUGGGCACCCUCACCUGCCUGUCAUCAUCCUGGAGCCCUCUGGACUGGUACACACUCCGCUACUCACUGUUCCAGGCCUAGACUCUGUCCCGCUGCAGUUUGCCUCCCAGUUAGACCACCUGUCUCCUGGAGGUGCUCAGCCCCACAAGCCCUUGAGCAGAACACGCUCAGAACCCCUCCCCCAGAGCCCAAGGACCCUUCACACACACCUGCUUCAACAACAGCAUAGCACACAACUACUGGAGAGGCUCAAACAGCAGACCCACCUAGGCAAGCUGAUGUCUAAGUCCAGCGAGAAGCCCAGACUGCAUCAGAUCCCCUCUGAGGAUAUGGAUUCAGAGGAUGGUGGCGGGAUGUCGCCUACAGAGCCGACCUAUCAGAGCAGAGUGAGGGCAGAGUCACUAAGGGAGGCGGAGCCAUCGGCAUCCAAGAGCCAGGAAGAGCAAAUUAACCUGCAACAUGCACUCAUACUCAACCAGUCAUUGUUAUGGGAACAGCAGAAGCAGCUGCAGCAGCUGCAUCGACAGAUGGAGACCCUGGCAGUACCCAUGUUACGCAGCAGCAGCAGUGGCGGGGUUGGCGGAGGGUUUGGUGUCCAUCGCCCCCUGUCACGUACACAGUCAUCCCCAGCAUCCACAUCUCUCACUCUGCCUGAGAAGUCCCUGAGCCUGGCCCCACAGGAUACCAGCAGCAAACCACGCUUCACCACUGGCCUGGUGUAUGACUCUCAAAUGCUUAAGCACCAGUGUACAUGUGGCGACAACAGCAGUCACCCAGAGCAUGCUGGGAGGAUACAGAGCAUCUGGUCUCGACUGCAGGAGAGAGGCCUGAGGGGACAGUGUGAGAGUAUCCGUGGCCGUAAAGCAACUCUGGAGGAGCUGCAGUCCGUCCAUACAGAGCGCCAUGUGUUGCUCUAUGGCACCAACCCACUCAACAGACUCAAACUGGAUAACCGCAAACUGGCCGGAAUCCUCUCUCAGAGAAUGUUUGUGAUGUUGCCAUGCGGGGGAGUAGGGGUUGAUAAUGACACAAUCUGGAAUGAGUCACACACCUCUACUGCGUCACGCAUGGCGGCAGGCAGCGUCGUUGAGCUAGCCUUCAGGGUGGCAAAAGGAGAACUGAAGAACGGCUUUGCUGUGGUCAGACCGCCAGGGCAUCAUGCCGACCCCUCCAAUCCAAUGGGCUUUUGUUAUUUCAAUUCAGUGGCCAUAGCCGCCAAGCAGCUCCAACACAAGCUCAGCGUCAGCAAAAUCCUCAUUGUUGACUGGGAUGUUCACCACGGUAACGGCACCCAGGAAGUGUUCUACAGUGACCCCAGCGUUCUCUACAUCUCGCUUCAUCGCUAUGACGAUGGGAACUUCUUCCCUGGCAGUGGGUCACCGGCUGAGGUUGGUUCUGGAGCAGGUGAGGGCUUCAACGUCAAUGUAGCGUGGACGGGAGGACUGGACCCGCCCAUGGGAGAUGCUGAGUACCUCGCUGCAUUCAGGUCUGUGGUGAUGCCCAUCGCCCAGGAGUUCUCCCCGGACGUCGUUCUGGUGUCGGCUGGAUUUGAUGCUGCUGAGGGCAACCCUGCUCCUCUUGGAGGGUACAAGGUCUCUGCCAAAUGUUUCAGCGUCCUGACCCGCCAGCUGAUGUCUCUAGCAGGGGGUCGUCUGGUUUUGGCCCUUGAGGGAGGUCACGACCUUACCGCUAUUUGUGACGCAUCUGAAGCCUGUGUCAGUGCACUCCUGGGCCUACAGGACCCACUGCCAGAAGAAGUCUUACUUCAGAAGCCCAAUGCUAACGCAGUCCACUCCCUGCAGACUGUCAUACAGAUACAAAGUCAGUACUGGCAGAGUGUGAAGGCUCACAGUGGAUCAGUGGGUCUGUCCUACCUGGCUGCUCAGACAAGAGACUGUGAGGAAACAGAUGCUGUCAAUGCUUUGGCCUCGCUGUCUGUGGGAGUCCUCUCCAGCAAGAGCCUCCCCGAUGAACCAAUGGAGCAUGACAGUGACUCCAUGUAGAAGAAUCCGACCAAUCACCUCACAGAACUCACUUUCAGGAACUGGGCCCAACCUGUAGCCUCGGAUCUCUUGCGCUGUCACAUAACCAUGAAGUGGAUCCGUUUGUAAUGCCACUGAGCCCCACCUAUCUGCCUUAUUCACACACAUGCACAUCCACCAACCCACAAUGCUGAACCUCUACAGACCUGCCGUAUGAGCACCUCAAUGCUGGUAACCAGUCAGCUGAUGCCAGCGGCACAACCUGCAGCUGGGAAACCUUCUGAAACCUCACCAAAGAGCAAUACAAGAUGAUUUUUAGUAGACUUUUCGUGUCUCCUGACUGACAUUGGAUUGUGCGUAUGUUCAGAGGUCCAGAUCCACAGCUCUGUGACCACAGCUCUUACAGGAACAGACAGAAUUCAGAGUCCAGCUCUGAUUCUUAUUGAAGCACUAUGUACCACCAGCUGUUUUGUUGCCUUAAUUUUGCCUUAAUGACAGGUCCAACAUCUGGUUUCAGAAGUAGAUGACUUUGGAUUCUAAAUUCUUUUCUCUUGUGCCACAUUGCUUCCCUUAUCAGAGUUGAAGCAACUGUCGACCAAAUGGGAUGCAAAAUGGCUGACGCAGAAUGAACCUACUGUAUGACAUCGGGUGAAAGCAUAUAAUAUACACAUAUGCCUGAUGGAUAAUGUGCAAAAAUAUCAACAAAGAAGAAGUGGCCACAUCAAAAAGGCAGAAUAUGGAAAAGAAGACACAGAGAUUGUCUGUUUUAAUGAUGUCAUUACAUGCAGUUUAACCACUAAAAGACGACAGCAAAGAACUCAAGGGAUGAGAAAAUUUGAAGACACAAAAUGGACAACUGUGGUUUUGUAGAAACAAAGAAAGGGCACAUGUCCUUGUUGUUUAAUUGCACUGUUCAUUCCAUAAUGUGAACCAUAAGAAAUUCCAAAGCUCUGGGAAAAAAAAAACAACUCCUCUCUCUAGGUUAUUUAAUAGUUUUUUUUUUUUUUUUUGAAGAUUUGGUUGAAAUGGUGUUCGCUAUAUCUUUUCCCACUCUUCAUGAGAUGUCUUAUGAAGUCUCUGACUAAAUCUGAGGACACGUAUUGGCCGAAAUACUGUACAGUUGUGUUUCAUAUGAAGUUAAUCUGAAAAGUAGGCAAGAUUUUAAGAGCAGGAUCAUUUUCUCUCCUGUUCAUUGUCUUAGAUGCACACACAUUCACUUACGCAUACCUACACACACAUGUACAAAGCAAUGAUGAACUAUUGAUGUACCACUAGUAUUGAAUACUGUAUAUUAUUGUUAAUAUUUGAGACUAAAGGAGCAUUCAUUCCACCGUGGCACCACUGAGGACCAUCGUAUUGUUCUAUAGUGGCAAUAAUGUUAAUGCACUUAAUGGACAUCACCCAAAGAAAACUGCCUUAAAACAGUCUGCACUUGGCAAUGGGACUGUAUGCAAGCAACACGAGGGACCAGUAUGAAUACUGCUCUUACAGUGACUCUACUUUUAAAAGAUGACAUUUGAACCUGUGGACUUAGGUGAACUUUAUAUAUGCAGACUUUUGUAUUCUGUUUGACAAUGAGUAUGGUGACCUGGCCAUGUUUGAAUGUUUCGUUCAUUAUCUAAAAAAAGUAGUUUUGGAGUUCCAGGCAUCAUCGCAGUCUAAUUAAGCAAACUAAUGCAUUGUGUUCUGUUUGUAAGUGAGCGUGAGUGUUUUUCCAUAUGUGACUCUUAGUAGCUGCACUUCUUGUCUUGUUACAGUCAACCUAGACAGCGCCACACUAAACACAUCAGUCUAUCAUGUUUGUAGUAGAGGUCAUGUUGAUCAUUCAUUUGAAGAAUUUUCUGACUGCCCUGCUAUAGGGGCCCGUAAGGCAUGUUUCUUAGUUUGGAAGUUAUUGUGUAGCAAAACAAAGCUUGUUGAAAUCGAUUUUUCAUGCACAUUAGGUUUGACCAAUUUAGGCUUUUGAUGACCAAUACUAAUGUUUUUAGAUUAGAGCCUAGCUGAGUCUAAAUAAUUAAAUUUGACAAAAUUUUACAUUUUUUCCCCAGAUUUUUAUAAUUUUAGGGUGCUAAACUUUCUAAAGCAACAUCUAGACACUAAAACUCUUUAAGGAGACUGAGAAUAAUGAAAUUCAUUUUUGGACUAGUACUCCCUCAUGACUUUGUCUCAAAAUUGUUGCUUUAGAGCUAUCAUUUGAGUUUGUACAUCCAUAAGCAGCUCAGUCCUAUUUUCAACUUGGCAAAGAUAAAAACAGACUUGAUUUGAUGUUUAUGUGUAAAUUUUGUAAAAUCUAGAUUGAAAUGAGCAUAACCAGCACAGGACGUUUAUAUGACUGGCUGAAGGACCUAUUGUCAGUUUAGCAUCCCGGUAGGGAACUGUAUGAGUGUUCAGUUUGCUCUAGUCAGGCCCUGGGCAUCGUCUCUCCAACAGAAGGCCUCAGAGCUUUUAUAUUGGACAAAAGGACAGUAGGUCCUGCUGAGGUCUGUCUGCUGUUGCACUGCUGCUCAAUCUCAGUAGGAAUUAUUAAGGAAUGGAGCAGUAGGAUUGGAGGAUUGGUAUUCUGUAAAGAGUGCAACUGUAACGUGUGUCAUUCCUUUAGUGUUGUUAGUGGUAUUCUUAACAAGUGACAGCAUUUAAACGAUAUGCUGCCUGUGUUUUAUACAGCGUGCCCAGCAGGUGCCUGUGGUGUCUAUGAAGUAAAUGUUGUUCGUGUCAGUGCGUGCGUGUGUGUGAGAGAGUGAGUGUAUGUGAUUGCAUGCAUCUGCACUAGUUCAUAUGUAAACGUCUGUCACGUUUGUUUUGUGUAUGCAUUUGCAAGUGUUAGUAUGUGUGUGUUUAUGUUUGUGUGCCUGUCUAAUACUGUAAGUGACCUCUCCUGUAUUAUAUUCCCAGUUGCUGUUUUUUUUUUUUUUUUUGUCUUAUGUAGAGGCCACUAUUGCCUCAACUCUCAAUCCCCUUUAUUACUGAUGUCAUUUGUACCCUCUUAAAGAAAGACACUGUAAAUAGAAACUUCAAGACCAAAAUACACUUCACACAUGUGCCUUGAUGCAUUCAGUAGUAUGUGUAUUGGUAACUCUUAACUAACUGGACUUACACCAACUCUGUAUCUAUAAACAUGACAUUGAAAUCUUUGUUUCAUGCUAUUCUUUAUUAUUUACCUGUAUGUGUUAUUUUUCCUCUACAUUUCCUACCAUGUGUAUGUAUAGAAAGAUUUUCUAUUUUGUACUGUUAUUUUUGUC